CCGGCGGGACAUGCUUUCAGUUGCGGAGCGGCGGCGGUUAGAAGGAUAUUAUUGUCAUUCUCUUUGCCGGCGAAUCGCGAAUUUUAACAUUUUUACGAUAAUAAACGCGUUAUGUUCAAGAGGUACAAUUAACGGAUUAGGAGUGAAUCUGGUGUUCGGUUUUAUGGUUUUCUUUUAGUUUUGUGUUUUUUUUUUCUUUGUGAGUGUGGUGAAGUUUUAAGCAUGAAGUGUGUACAAAAUGGCCCUAGUUUGUGGGGACCAUUCUUUGGGGUUACGGCGACGUUGUGCUGGAUUGCGUUGCAGGUGUUUGCCGAUACCAGAGGAUUAUCAGGAGAUCCAGUCGGAGCGGUUUGUCCGCAAGGAAUGUUUCGAUGCCCGGAGGGAAAAUGCAUCCCAUCGCUGUGGGUCUGCAAUUACUUGAAAAACUGCGAGAAUGGAGAGGACGAAUUCCAAUCUUGUCCCCCUCCCGAUUGUGAUCCUGGCCAAUUAACGUGCGGGCAGUACGUCUGGAACAAGACAUACUGCAUACCCCCAUAUUAUCGCUGUGAUAUGACCAUCGAUUGUGUUGAUGGAACAGAUGAGGCCGAGUGCACGUAUAGAAAAUGCCAGCCCGACGACUUUCACUGCGGCCCGGAAGGGAACACUGCGAGGGCCGUCGACCCUUGUAUUCCCAAGGAGAAAAGAUGCGACGGAUAUUUGGACUGUAGGUCGGGUAAAGACGAAAUGGGCUGCCCUGGUGUUUCUUGCAAUCUCGAUCAAUUUCGAUGUGCCAAUGGACAGCGUUGUAUAGAUACGAAUCAAAAAUGUGAUCACAAAAAUGACUGCGGGGAUAAUUCUGAUGAAUUGGGAUGUAACUUUCCACUGUGCCAUGGAGGUCAAUUUAGAUGUCAAAAUCAGUUGUGCAUACCCGUCGCGUACCACUGCGACGGUCACCAAGAUUGCGCGGACGGCUCCGACGAGCUAAAUUGCACAGCAAUAGCUUGUCCCGACAACAAAUUCCUAUGCCCGAAAGGGGGGCCGGGCGGCGCGCCCAAAUGUAUCGCCAAAUCUCAACUUUGCAACGGUAAAAGAGACUGUGAGGACGGAGCGGAUGAGGAAGUAGCUUGCUCGAUAUUAUCUUGUCCAUCUCUCGGCUGUGAAUAUAAGUGCCAAGCGUCCCUGACCGGGGGCAUGUGCUACUGUGCGGAAGGACGGAAAUUGGGCAGGGAUAACCGGACCUGCGUCGAUAGAAAUGAGUGUUUGGAAUGGGGUUAUUGCGACCAACUGUGUACGAACACCGAUGGGGGAUAUUCGUGUUCGUGCGCCCCCGGUUACAUAGCGCAAGACAAAAAGAAAUGUGCCGCUCCAAAUGCGAGCUCGAUGUAUAUAUUUUUCGCUCACGACCGAAACGUUUAUAGAAUGAACUCGAGGGGCGAAGAUGUGAAAAUUAUCGCCAAUACCACCGGUGCGAGUGGGCUGGAUUUUCAUUACCAGAAAAACUUGCUCUUUUGGUCCGAUGUGAAAACUAGAAAGAUUCAUUCCCAACAGUUGAAAGAUCCAGUUAUCGGUUUGACCAUGGUACACGAACUGGAUAUUAUGUCGCCGGGAACGUGGUCGCCCGUUGCUAUAGCUGUUGACUGGAUAGGAGAUAAGCUAUACGUUGUGGAUUCCAUCGGUCAAAAAAUUGACGUAUUCGAGCUAAGCAGUCGGUGGCAUGCCAUCGCGCUAGGUUCCAAUUUAACCAACCCCGCCGAUAUUGCUCUGGAUCCGCUGAUGGGUUACAUGUUUGUGGCUGACAGCUCUCAAGUGCUUCGAGCCAAUAUGGACGGAACUCAAGUGCACGCUAUCGUGACGGAAGCGGCUUACAAAACUACGGGUGUUGCAGUUGACAUAAUCGCCAAGAGAGUGUUUUGGUGCGAUUCCCUAUUGGACUAUAUCGAGACUGUGAAUUACGACGGCCAAAAUCGAUUUUUAGUGGUUCGUGGACAGUCCGUGCCCAACCCGUCUCGUCUAGCACUAUUCGAAAACAGAAUCUUUUGGACCGACGCCACCAAACAAGGCAUUAUGUCUUUGGAUAAGUACGAAAGCAGCUCGAGCAUACACUCGAUCUACCGCAUGCGAGACCUUAGAGAUCCUAGAGCGUUGAAGAUAGUUCACGAAAUCGUACAACCGACAGUUACCAAUCCGUGCGGGAAUAAUAAUGGCGGCUGCCAACAUUUGUGCAUCAUCACCAACAUUGUAUCGGGGUUGGGUUUCCGAUGCGCUUGCCAUAUCGGCUGGAAAUUGUCACCGAAUUUGAAAAACUGCGAUUUAGUGUCGGAAUUCCUGAUGUACUCUCAGCAAAGGUUUAUUAAGGGCAAGGUUUUAAACCCGGUUCUAGAAGGAUUUAGUGACGCGAUGGUACCCGUCGUUUCCCGACGCGCCAGAUUUGUCGGACUCGACUUUGACGCCAGAGACAAAUACAUUUAUUACUCCGAUGUUUUGCAAGAUGUCAUCUAUCGCGUGCAUCGUAAUGGAACUACGAGGGAGAUCGUACUUGCGUCACAAAACGAAGGCGUCGAAGGUUUAUCCGUCGAUUGGAUGUCUAAGAACCUGUACUACAUCGACAGUAGAAAAGGCACGUUGAAUAUGCUUUCAACUCGAAAUAUAACGUAUCGAAGGACGCUUCUUAAAAAUCUGAAACGACCAAGAGCGAUAGUGGUUCAUCCGAACAGAGGUUACAUAUUCUUCUCGGAGUGGGAUCGGCCUGCGAAUAUCUCUAGGGCUUACAGCGACGGCAGCAACUUGAUGGUUUUCAAAAAUGUUACUCUUGGAUGGCCGAAUGGUUUGGCAAUCGACUUCUACGAAGAUCGCCUGUAUUGGUGCGACGCGCUUUUAGACCACGUACAACACUCGACACUAGACGGCACCGAUGUCAAGACUGUCAACUCGCGCCUUAUCCGACAUCCUUUCAGUAUAGUCAUUUACAAUACCCACAUGUACAUAACCGACUGGAGACUAGAUGCUAUUAUCAAACUCGAUAAGUUGACCGGAGAACAGGAGCAAAUCCUAAUCAAAGAGCCACAAACCAACCGACUGUAUGGUGUCAAGAUAUUCAGCGAAAAUGAGCAGAGAAUCGACCCGUUGCAACCGUGCUGGACGAACAAUGGCGGAUGCGCCAAACUAUGCUUCGCGAUACCUCACAAUGACACCGGAGGUUUGCAGGCGGUGUGCGGUUGUCCCUACGGCGAACGGCUAACCGCGGAUAUGCGAACCUGUCAGCUCGAUCCCAGCAGCGAGCCACCGGUGCAGGCCUGCCCUCACACCUGGGAUUUCACUUGUAACAAUCAAAGGUGUAUACCGAAAUCGUGGGUUUGCGACGGCGAUAAUGAUUGUCUUGACAAUAGUGAUGAGGAGCAGAAUUGUACCAAACCGACCUGUGGCACUAACGAGUUCCAGUGUAAAUCCGGUCGCUGUAUACCGAUGACGUUUAGGUGUGAUGCCGAAAACGACUGUGGGGACUUCAGUGAUGAAACUGGCUGCGUUAACGUCACCUGCGGAUCGACGCAGUUUCAAUGCGAGAAUGGCAGGUGCAUUCCCAACACAUGGAAGUGCGACUCGGAGAAUGACUGCGGUGACGGUUCAGACGAAGGGGACCAUUGCGCCGAGAAGACUUGCGCUUACUACCAAUUCACAUGUCCGCGUACUGGCCACUGCAUACCCCAAAGUUGGGUUUGUGACGGUGACGAUGAUUGUUUCGACAAACAAGAUGAGCAAGACUGUCCGCCUAUAACGUGUCUUCCUAGCCAAUUCAAAUGCGCCGAUUUAAGACAAUGCGUCCAGGAGAGCUACAAAUGUGAUGGAAUUCCCGAUUGCAACGACGGCAGUGAUGAGCUGGGAUGUCCUUCCUUGGCGCCCGAUCAGUGCAACAGCGAAAAACAAUUUCAAUGUCAGUCGUCCGGAAUAUGCAUUCCAAAGUCGUGGCAUUGCGACGGUACACCCGAUUGCGACGACCGAUCCGAUGAGCCUGAAUCCUGCGGCCAAAUCAAUUGUCCUAACAACUUCUUCAAGUGUAAAAAUUCGCGCUGCAUUUUCAAGGCGUACGUGUGCGACGGCAACGACGAUUGCGGCGAUGGAUCCGAUGAAAGCUACGAAUUUGCUUGCACACGUCCACCGUUUAGAUGUCCUGACGGGCAGUGGCAGUGCCCUGGUGUGACGGAACGUUGCGUGCCCUUAGAAAAGGUGUGCGACGGAAGUACCGACUGUCCGAACGGCGCUGAUGAAGGUCCAGGUUGUGAUUUGGCGGAAUGCACGCAUCGCGGCGGAUUGUGCUCUAACGGGUGUAAACAGACGCCUCAAGGUGUGUUGUGCACGUGUCCGAAAGGGGAAGUUCUCGGAAAUGACACCUACACUUGCGAAGACCUAGACGAAUGCAAACCACCUGGUCUGUGCUCGCAAGUUUGUACAAAUACCAAAUCUUCGUAUCAUUGCGGCUGCGUCGCCGGAUACACGUUAGAACCAGACAAGCAUCGCUGCAAGGCAUUUAAUCACAGUGCCGCAUUUUUAAUUAUAUCGAAUCGUCACUCCAUUUUGGUGGCGGACUUGAACGAGCAGGGCCUGGAGCGCGUGCCCAUAAUUGUGGAAAACGUAGUCGCAACCACCUCGAAUAUGCACACAGGCACAAUAUUCUGGUCGGACAUGAAGCUUAAAAAAAUUUCGCGUCUCGACAGAAACAGCGAGCCGGUCGAUGUUAUCUCGACUGGCUUAGAUUUGGUGGAAGGUCUCGCUUAUGAUUGGGUCGGAGGAAAUCUGUAUUGGUUGGAUUCGAAAUUGAAUACGAUCGAAGUGGCGAAGGAGAAUGGAACCGGUAGAAUAGUGCUGGUUAAAGAGAAUAUCACGCAGCCAAGAGGAAUGUGCUUGGAUCCCAGUCCUGGGGCACGGUUACUGUUUUGGACUGAUUGGGGGGAGAAUCCUAGAAUAGAGAAUGUCGGAAUGGAUGGAAAUAAUCGUUCAAUAAUAAUCAAUACGAAAAUUUACUGGCCGAACGGUUUGACACUUGAUACUGCAAAUAAGCGUGUGUACUUCGCCGAUUCAAAGCUUGAUUUUAUCGAUUUUUGUAAUUACGACGGCACAGGCAGGCAACAGGUGCUCGCGGGUAGUCAUUACCUGCUCCACCCUCAUUCUCUAACCUUGUUUGAAGAUACAAUGUACUGGACGGACCGACAACUUAACCGAGUUUUAUCAGCUCAUAAAUUCAAAGGCAACAAUCAAACAGUAGUGUCGCAUCUUAUUUCCCAACCGUUGAGUAUACAUGUGCACCACCCAUCUUUACAGCCAAUGUCCGAUAAUCCCUGUCAAGUUUCACCUUGCCAACACUUGUGCCUACUUUCGCCGGUAUCGGCCAAUGGGUACACGUGUAAAUGCAAACCGGGUUAUCGUAUUACUGCCGACGGCCAUUGCAUGGAGGAGGAACAUCCGUUUAUUAUGCUAAUGCGUGGUUCUCAGAUAAUCGAUCUUUCAUUGACCUCUGGCGAAACGUCGACUGGAUUCUUGAUUCCUAUCAUUGGAGUCGAGCAUGGUCUUCAAAUCGAUUACGAUCGUAAAACUAGUACCAUAUUUUGGAUUGAAGGGAAGGAGAACGAUGAAGAAAACUGUACCAUUUGGACAACACCUUACGGCGGCGGUAACAAGACACAAUUCCUCGGACUCGAAACUGGCGUGGUCGGUGCACCUGCCACAAUGGCCUUUGAUUGGUUGGGACGAAAUUUGUUCGUCGGCAAUCGUGUAGCCGGAAAUUUGGAGGUAAUAAAGGUCGACGGCAAGGUGAAACACCGAUCGAUCAUCUUAUCGAAUGACGGAAAUAGAACCUCGGUGGCGAAGCCUCGUUCCAUUUGCGUCGAUCCGACUGACGGCAAAGUGUAUUGGACCGACGACGGAGGUUUCGGUGUACCACAGAAAGUCGGAAAGGUCAACAUGGACGGAUCGAAUUCGUUGGUGCUGUUGGAAGACGUGGAAAGGCCAGAUGCUAUCGUCAUUGAUGUUGAUCUUAAAGUGUUGUACUUCAGUACGCGGUAUCCUCCGCUUGUAAUCUCGAUGAACGUCGACGGUACCAACCGCAUGAACAUACUCAGCGAGGAGAAUAGUAUAGCAAACCCGCAAGCUUUGGGCAUUUUGGACAGUCGGUUAUAUCUUAUGGACCCGAUAUACGAAAAAUUGGAACGUGUUGACUUAAAAGGUGGGCUUAAUUCGAAACUUCUGCUCGAGAAUGAACCGGAUUUAAAAACGUUUACUAUAUACAAAAAAAGACAACUGUUCGAUCACCCUUGCUUGCAAAAUAAUGGGGGCUGUGACCAAAUUUGUUUACCAGCGGAGGGCAAGUCAAGAGUGUGCACUUGCAGCAUCGGUUACAGAAAAGAAAACGAAGUGAGUUGCAUACAUUACAAAACCUACGUGGUCGUCUCCCAACUUGAUAUGGUGAAAGGCUUCAGUUUGAAGGACAGCGCCGAAGCAAUGGUGCCAAUCGCAGGACCUGGCCAUCACGUUUUGCACGUCGACGUCCUCUAUCUGGAGAACUGGAUCUACUGGGUCGAAUUCAACCGAGGCACGUGGAAUGGAAUUUAUAGAAUCAGACCGAAUGGCACCGAACUACAGCCGAUAAUCAAAGACGGAAUUGGAAGUAACGGAAUUCGUGGAUUGGCGAUCGAUUGGGUUGCCGGUAACUUAUACUUCACAAACGUUUUUCCUCACGAGAAUUAUCUGGAGGUAUGCUGGCUGGAUGGUAGCAAUCGGAAAAUCUUGGUAAAAACGACGACUGAUGCCCCGCGAGAGUUGGCGGUGAACCCGCUCAAGCGACUGCUUUAUUGGAUUGAUUAUGGACAAUACCCGAGAAUUGGAAAGGCCUACUUAGACGGUUCGAAUUGGACCCCUCUAGUCACUUCGGGUAUUCGCAAUCCGAGAGAUCUGACGAUCGAUAUGUUAACUCACGACGUCUAUUGGGUCGAUUCCAAGCUAGAUAUGAUCCAGAAGAUUUCCUACAACGGUGGCAAUAGGCAGGUGAUUAGACGCAACUUACCGAACCCCAUGGGAAUUGCCGUGCAUAUGGGAGACGUGUACUGGGUGGAUAGGAACAUGCAAACCCUUUUCAAAGCUUCCAAGUUAACCGGAAACGUAACACUUCCUACGCGUGUUAGAACCAACCUACAGAAACUACGCGACAUCGCCAUGUUCGAUAUCGCAAACCAGCCCGCUGAUGAAACGAACCCAUGUCUCAGGUUUGGCAACGGAGGCUGCGAGCAACUUUGCUUUAGUUUCCCGUCAGAUGUCACAAUCACCUUCCAACCGGGCUCUUCUCCGAACACUUUGGGCUACACGUGUGCUUGCGCUACCGGUCAUCUAGCGGCCGAUGGACGUAAAUGCGACUUCGUCAACGAGUACCUCGUCUUCAGCACCCGCACGGAGAUACGAUCGAUUAAUCUCGACCCGAAAUCGACAAGUGUGCCAUUUAAUCCAAUAGUGAAUUUGACUAACGUGGUCGGUAUAGAUUUCGAUCAUGCCGACCGCAAGCUGCUUUUCACGCAGAUCCGACCUUGGGCGCGAAUUGCGUGGAUGCCUUCUAACAAUCCCAGCAAUACGGCGAUCACUAACAUUCUAAAUCGGGGAAUCAAUCCCGAGGGAAUCGCUUACGAUUGGACGCAGAAGAAGAUCUACUGGACGGAUUCGUCCAAUCACAGUAUUUACGCUAUGAACUUGGACGGUUCCGAUUUGGUAAUGAUCGCUAGAGUUGAGCGACCUCGCGCUAUCGUUGUCGAUCCGUGCAAUGGCACCCUGUUCUUCACCGAUUGGGGUAAAUUUGGAACUUCGGGGAAAAUAUUUAGAACGACCAUGGCCGGAUCAUUGAAAAGAGUGAUCAUUGAUAAAAAUCUGGCGCAACCGUCAGGUUUGGCGAUCGACUACGAUGAUCAAAUGUUGUAUUGGACGGAUGCCGUAAGGGAGAAGAUUGAACGCUCCAAUUUGGACGGUCUAAACCGUGUAGUGUUGGUUUCGGCCACAAUUUAUCCGUUUUCCAUUACUGUCUUCGGCAACUACAUUUACUGGACCGAUUUGCAACUGAGAGGAGUGUAUCGAGCCGAAAAGCACACCGGAGCAAACAUGAUUGAAAUGGUUAAACGAUUAGAAGACAGCCCGAGAGAUAUCCAAGUGUUUUCGAGUUCGCGGCAAACUUGCAGCGUGAAUCCAUGCCACAUUCACAACGGAGGUUGCGCGCAAAGUUGCCAUCCCGCGCCCAAUGCGACGUCCGAAUGUAAAUGCGACGAUAACACAAAGUUAGUGAACGAAGGCAGAAUGUGUGUCCCUAAAAAUUUAACUUGCGACUCGAGUAAAUUUUACUGCACCAACGGCAAAUGCAUCUCGCGGAUGUGGGCGUGCGAUGGUGAAGACGACUGCGGUGAUAAUACCGAUGAAAAUUUGACGUAUUGCUCUUUCCAUUCGUGCUCGUCGAACGAAUUCCGCUGCGCUAACGGUAGAUGCAUCUUCAAGUCAUGGAAAUGCGACCACGAAAACGAUUGCAAGGACGGGUCCGAUGAGAAAGAUUGCCAAUAUCCGCCGUGUGCUCCUGCAACCGAAUUUAGUUGCGCCAAUUUAAGAUGUAUCCCCUUGUCUCAGGUCUGCAAUGGGGUGAACGACUGUAAGGAUAACUACACUUCCGACGAGAGUUACAUUCAUUGCCCUCAGAACACCACCUGCCCUCCUAAUCACCUAAAGUGCGAGAGGACCAACAUUUGCGUGGAACCUUAUUGGUUGUGCGAUGGCGAUAACGAUUGCGGUGACAAUUCCGAUGAAAAUCCGUUGCACUGCGCCCAAAGAACGUGUCCGCAGAAUAGCUUCCGGUGUCCAAACCAUCGUUGCAUUCCUGCCACAUGGUAUUGCGAUGGUGACGAUGACUGCGGCGACGGCGCCGAUGAGCCGCCGGAGUAUUGCAAGAGCGAAGGCCGGACUUGCUUUGGCGACCUGUUCACGUGCGACAAUGGCAACUGUGUUCCAAGGAUUUAUAUUUGCGACGGCGAUAAUGACUGCCUCGAUAAUAGUGAUGAAGACAACCGGCAUCAGUGCAACAACAGGAAGUGUGACGAGGAAACAGAAUUUACUUGCGAGGCGAAUAAGGCUUGGGGGAGAGCGCAGUGUAUCCCGCGAAAAUGGCUGUGCGAUGGUGAUCCAGAUUGUGUCGAUGGCGCUGAUGAAAAUUCUACCCUGCAUCAAUGUGCUACGCCUCAACCCUGCAGCGAGGAUCAGUUUACGUGUGCCAAUGGACGAUGUAUUAACAUGGGAUGGUUAUGCGAUCAUGACAACGACUGUGGCGACGGUACCGAUGAAGGUAAAGAAUGCAACAACAAAUACAAGACGUGCUCGCCCCAAGAAUUUACCUGCCAAAACUUCAAAUGCAUACGUAACCAGUACCGGUGCGAUGGUGAAGACGAUUGCGGCGACAGGUCAGAUGAAGUGAACUGCAACAAAACGAAUAGUACAUGCGAGACGCCAAAACAAUUUACAUGUAAUAAUGGUCAGUGUAUUGACGCACAAUUAGUAUGCAAUAAAGUGGCCGAUUGCGACGACGAAUCUGAUGAGCCGUUGCAUUGCAAUGUGGACGAAUGUGCCAAAGUGGAAAUUAAUCAGUGCGGUCACAAAUGCGUGGAUACUCCAACGGGUUAUUAUUGCGAGUGCAACCAAGGAUACAAAUUAAUGGACGAUGGGAAGGCAUGUACAGAUAUCGAUGAGUGCAUCGAAACACCUGAGGUUUGUUCGCAGUACUGCGAGAACACGCCUGGCGGAUUUUAUUGUAAGUGUGACGAGCUCUAUUACGAACGGCAAGAUGAUAGGCGCACCUGUAAGCGCAAAGACAACCAAGAGCCAUGGAUAAUAUUCACCAACAAGUACUACGUACGGAAUAUGUCGACGGACGCUUCAGUCUACAACUUGGUGCACCAAGACUUGAUGAACGUGGUCGCCUUGGAUUACGACUAUUCAGCGCAAAAGAUGUACUUCUGCGACGUAACAGCGAAGACCAUCUUCAGAUCGAAUAUCAACGGAAACGGCGAAAAAGAACCCAUCAUCCGUCACGACUCUCACGGCUUGGAAGGUAUUUCGGUUGACUGGAUCGGAAGGAAAUUGUAUUGGCUCGACAGACAUUCCAAAAACCUGGACGUCGCCGAACUAGACGGAACUAAUCGCAGAACUUUGAAAACGGGCAUCGCGGAUCCCAGAGCUCUAGUUGUACAUCCCGGAAUCGGAUACUUGUACUUCACCUCGUGGCACCUGCAAGCGUACAUCGCAAAGAUCGGAAUGGACGGUUCAAAUUUCACCAGAAUUUUAACUUGGGAAGACGACAUCGCCUGGCCCAACGCGCUAACAGUCGACUUUUUCACUAACCGAAUUUACUGGGCCGACGCUCACUUGGAUUACAUCGCGUUCGCCGAUUUAGAAGGUCGACACCGUCACAUCGUACUAUCGGGCACGUCCGUACCGCACGUGUUUGCUCUCACUCUCUUCGAUGACUUCAUCUUUUGGACGGACUGGAACGUGAAAGGUAUCAGCAGAGCCAAUAAAUACUCCGGAAAGGAAUUGCGCCUACUUCGCAACACGACGCAUAGGCCUUACGAUAUACACAUUUACCAUCGCCUCAGACAGUUACCGUACACUAAUCCGUGUGGAACGAAUAACGGGGGAUGUUCUCAUUUGUGUCUGAUUGCUCCACCGCCCGCAUCCAGCUACCUAAACAUCGAGGGGUACGGCGAAAAUGGGGAAACGACCUACAAGUGCGCUUGCCCGAAUCAGUUCUACUUGGCGCAAGACGGUAAAACUUGCAUCGCGAAUUGUACUUCCGGACAAUGGCGGUGCGAAGGAAAUGAUGAGAAGUGCAUACCAUGGUACUGGAAGUGUGACGGAGAGAAGGAUUGUAAAGAUGGAUCCGACGAGCCGUCAUCAUGUCCACCACGCCAAUGCAGAUCGGGAACAUUCCAAUGUCGCAGCGGUAACUGCACACCGUCCACCACCAUAUGCGACGGUACAGACGACUGCGGCGAUGGAUCCGACGAACAGCACUGUCAAAUGCCUUGUCCCGAGCUCGAAUUUAAAUGUCGCUCCAACGGACGCUGCAUACUGAACAGUUGGAAAUGCGACGGCGACGCCGACUGUAAAGACGGCUCCGAUGAAGAUCCCGCAAUGUGUCACAAGAGAGCCUGCGACCCCGAUACCGAGUUUAGUUGCAAAAACGGCCGUUGCAUUCAAAAGUUGUGGGUGUGCGACUUCGAUAACGAUUGCGGCGACGAUUCGGACGAACCCGCGUACAUGUGCCGUCAGAGAAAUUGUACGACCGGCUGGCAGCGUUGUCCCGGACGCGCCAAUUACCGAUGCAUUCCCAAGUGGUUGUUCUGCGACGGUAAGGACGAUUGCCGGGAUGGAUCCGACGAGCUUCCCGAACACUGUCCGAUUUGUAAUCCAAAAGUUGACUUUAAAUGUAACAACAAUCGCUGCAUACCGAAACAGUGGCAGUGCGAUUUCUCGGACGAUUGCGGUGACGGUUCCGAUGAGGUUGCCGCUUUGUGUAAAGGACGAUACCGCGAAUGCUCCGAGUCGGAAUUCCGAUGCGGGAAUGGGAAAUGUAUUUCAACAAGGUGGCGUUGUGAUCACGAGAAUGACUGCGAAGAUGGCAGCGAUGAAAUGGGUUGUAGUGAUUUUAAGUGUAAAAAUGGCACAUUCCAGUGCGCUUCAGGACAUUGCAUAGCUUCCUACUUUAGAUGCGAUGGGGACCGAGACUGUCGCGACAUGUCCGACGAGAUGAAUUGUCCACCUAGGUAUCCUGGCGGUCGAUAUUGUCCAGAAUCGAGGUAUCAGUGUGAUAAUCACUUGUGUAUCAGUCAAGCUGAUUUGUGCGAUGGAACCGAUGACUGCGGUGAUGGAUCGGAUGAAGCAUCAGAAGUUUGUAACAAUUUCACGUGUGAUACUUUACGCCGAUUCCAGUGUAACAAUCAUAAGUGUGUGCCUCGGUAUCAGGUUUGUGACGGCAUAGACAAUUGUGGUGAUGGUUCUGACGAAAACAAUAUUACCUUGUGUUCCUCGAAAAUUAAACCUUGCGACAUGUUUAACGAAUAUCAGUGCGCGAAUAAGAAGUGCGUGAAUAAAACGCAAGUAUGCGACUUUGCCGAUGAUUGCGGUGAUAGUUCCGAUGAGUUGGGCUGCCAUCAUAACAAGGUGUGUUCGGACGAAAACCGAGGCGGAUGUGAGCACCAGUGCAUGAAUCUCACAGAUGGAGGCUACAUUUGUGUGUGCCAUCCCGGUUUCAUUAUCUCUAAAGAAAACAGAAAGAAGUGUCAAGAUGUCGACGAGUGUACCAUGGACCUGCAUCAGUGCUCGCAGAUUUGCACAAACCUAAACGGAACUUACAGCUGUUCGUGCCACGACGGAUUUAGAUUGUCCGAUGGACUUUCGGGCGUCUGCAAGGCCGAAGAAAGAGAAGCCACCUUACUCUUCGCGAACGGUCCCGAAAUCAGAGCGUAUAUGAUCACUAAUCGCGAAGAAUUGGAUGUCAUCAGCGAGGAAAAACGAAUUGAGGCAAUCGACUACGAUCCCGUAUCGGAAAUUGUCUUUUGGGCGGACAGUUACGACAAAACCAUAAAAAGGUCAUACAUGCUGAAUGCCUUAAACGGCGAAGUGAAAACCGGUUAUGCUCAAGAUUUAAAUAUGAAGGGUAACUCGAAACCAACCGCUUUAGCUGUCGACUGGAUCGGCGACAACUUAUACUGGACAGAAACCGAUAGGGCUGGCUCGAAACCGAAAGGUAGAGUGAUGGUAGCGAAAACCGACGGAAGAUAUCGACGCGCCAUUAUCGGUUCCGGCUUGGAAAGUCCGACCUCACUAGUUGUCGAUCCACAACUCGGACGCAUGUAUUGGUCAGAUGCCGGUUCGGCACCCAAAAUCGAAGUCUCCUGGAUGGACGGAUCGAAACGAAAGCCGCUGAUAACCGAAAAUAUUCGACACCCCGCCGGAUUGGCCAUCGAUUACAGUAUGGAACACAUUAUUUACUGGGUGGACACUAAACUCAACACGAUUGAGUCAAUGAGGCACGACGGAAGCGGCCGAAAAACGAUCUUGAAGGGAGACAAACUGAAGCAUCCCAUUUCGUUGGACGUGUUCGAGUCUAAUCUAUUUUGGGUUACCAAGGACACAGGGGAGUUGCUUCAACAGGAUAAAUUCGGACGCGGCGUGCUCGUGCUGGUCCAAGGAGAUUUGGUAAAUCCGUCAGGAGUUAAAGUUUACCACAAUUUGAGAUACAACAUGUCGAUAACAAAUCCAUGCCGCAACAACGAGUGUUCCCAUUUGUGCCUCCUCGUUCCCGGAGGUCACAGGUGUAUUUGCCCGGAUUCUGCCGCACCGGGUCAACGGGCGAAGUCGGAGAUUACCUGCGACGCUGCGUCCGAACGUCCCAGACCCUCUCCAAAAGUGUGCUCGUGCCUUAACGGCGGAGUAUGUCGAGAGACCGACACUUUAGAUUUGUUAUGCGAAUGCCCCGACGACUUCCAAGGCCAGUUCUGCGAUCUCCACGCCGCCCACAGCAAAACGUUGAGCGGCUCGAACACGAUCGCCAUCAUUAUACCGAUCGUCGUCAUUAUGCUGGUUCUUGGUGCGGCCGCCGGCGUGUGGUUCUUCUUAAGGAAGCGACCAUUCGGAAAAGGCACGACUUUAAGCAGCCUAGCGAGCAGUCAAAGUGUAUCGUUCCGCCAGGGAAGUAACGUCGAAUUUAGCAACAACACCUUCGGCGCAAACGGCGCGAGCGGCGGUUUAGAACCGAUGGACGUCGCGUACAGUUUGGAUCCGCUCGGCAACAAAACGCGAGACUUCCACAAUCCAAUGUACGAUGCUGUACAAAACAAUUCCGACGCCACCGUCAACGGCAGUUCAGCAUUAUACGAAGUUCCGACGGAGAUGAAUAAGUCUAAAUCCGAUACAUUUUCAGAACCUCCCACAGCGAUCAUCGCUCCCUCUAGUGUAACGCAUAAAACAUCUCCACAGGUACACGUACGGCACAGAGAAUUAGACCCUGCAUCCGACACGGGGAAGGACACUCAAAAGUUAGUAGAAGAAGACUGCUGAUAUAAAAGGAAAGUAAAACUUUAUCGGUUAGUGCUAUCUCAAUUGAAAAUUAGUGAUAUAUUUUACAUUCAUUGAUAUAGGAAGCAAUUCUUGUAACACUAUCUAAGUGUCUAAUUUUUAUUUGUUGAUUGAUUGUUAAAUAGAGUGGUAUUUUUUAAAUUAUUUUGUUACGCCGCCGAUUGCUGCUUAGUCAAUUUUUUUUGCAAAGGAAUCCUUUCAGGGAAUUAUUAUCAGUUAGUCGUCCUCUUUGUAAGAUAUUGUUUCUUAAUGCAGAGUCCUGCAGCUCCUUAAAAUGCAGAGUUAUUAGGCUAAAAACAAAAACAUAUUUUUGUACUAAGGUGUUGGUGACUGUUAAUUUGAUGUUAAAAUCAGUCGUCGAUGAUUCUGUUCGUGCGAUAGAAGCAAGUGCCAUCGUAACAUCAAAUAAAUACCGCCAAAUUGCGUCGUGCUGAUUUUAAGUUGUACAAGACGAGAACUACGAGAUGUAAUUACAGUUUUUAGGAGGAUAAGUUCAAUUUUGCAACUUUAUAGCGUAUGUCUAUGUAAAUAUAGUGUAAGGUAGCGUGUAAAUGAUCGUCGUGAUUUUAUUGAAUCUACAGGAGACUGCUUUGUUAAAAACAUUCCAUAUUUGUCAGUGUUAUGCUGUUUAAAGUUUUAUUAAUUUGUUGUAAACUUAGUUUUAUUUACUUAGAUUUUAAAACGUUUCCGAUUCGUUUCAACGACCUUGUAUCAAAUCUUGUAAAUUUCAAUACCGUCCAUGUUGAUAUCAGAUUAUUAUAGAUAUUAUCCUUAUCAAA